CGCUAUCUACAUCUUUCUCAAUCUUGUAUAGCCAGCAAUAGGUUCCGUUCAUUCUCGGUGGGUCGUGGAGCAAGCCGGUACCGGUGUUAUCCGUAAUUAAAGUAAAAAAGUAUACCACAGAGAGUGGAAAAAGGAGCGAAUCGAGUGAAAAUUUGGCAAAGAGCUUCACCCAGCCAAUGGAAUAAAUUUCAACGGGUAAUUUAUAACGAUACGGCAGAGUUGUUGAAAUUUCGUACACCUCGUACGCAUUUCGCAUCCACCAUUGGCAACGUAUAAUUUUGGGCAAAAGGCCACUCUUUCCCGAAAGCGUGUGUGCGUGUAUUUGGAUCGUCCAUCUCAUUCUGUUGGUUGCUCCUUUUACAAGUUGCGUGGUCUAGUGUAGAGAAUAACUAUGGCGGCGGUUGACUGUUAUCAAAAUCAAAUGGAGGAGAAUCAGGGGCAAAUGAACGAUAAUCAGGAUAAUAUAUUAAAUCCUAAUGAUGAGCGUGAUCAACAGGGUGCUACUGCUGGUAUACCUGGUAAGGAUGAUGAACGAAAACUCUUUGUCGGUGGAUUGUCGCGUAACACCACGGACAAGGAGUUGCGCGAGCAUUUUGGAAAAUUUGGUGAAAUAGAGAGUAUAACGGUGAAGGUGGAUCAGUACACCGGUUUAUCCAGGGGUUUUGCAUUCAUGGUGUUUAAAAAUCCAAAGACCAUCGACAAACUACUGGCUGCUGGAGAACAUUACAUCAACAAACGAAAGGUUGAUCCAAAACGCGUGAGUAAAAAAGCACAGCACGGCAAGAUCUUCGUUGGUGGAUUGACUCCAGACAUCACGGAUGACGACAUCAAAGCUUACUUCAGCGAAUAUGGUACAAUCGUGGAGCUGCAGUCACCAUUCGACAAGACUAAGAAUCAGAGAAAAGGCUUCUGUUUCGUGACCUUCGACUCCAAGGAAGUUGUUUACAAGUUACUGAAGACACCAAAACAAACGAUCAAUGGUAAAGAGGUCGAUGUUAAAAAAGUCAAGGUGAAUGUUGAGACGCAACGCCAGGGAUGGUGGGGCCCAGGUGGCUAUAGCUAUGGCUAUCCAGCUGGUUAUGGAUACAUCCCAGAUUAUGCCAAUGGAGGUGGCUACCAGGGUGGCUACGACGAAAGCUAUGGCAAUUACGAUAAUUACGCUGGCUACGAGACUUUCGAGAAUAACACUGGGUACCAGAUGCAGGGAAAACCCAGGGGUCCACCCGCAUCCCAAGGGCCGAGACAGUUCCAGAGACAUCAGCCGUACUAAGAUCUCCAUCUAGCCAUUAUGUACAAUGUUACAUGGUGAUAACAUGCGAGAAUGCGAACAAAUUAUUCGAUUGAUGAUUAAUGGUAAGAAUGAAGUAGCAUGACUUUCAUUCGGUCGUAAUUUUCAUUUUUUUUUCUCAUGUUCAAUGGGUUUCCUUUUAUUUUCAAUUAAUUUUUUUUUCACCAGAUUUAUUUUCCUCAUUUAUUUCCAUUAAUUAAAACGACGAAUGUUUAGUGAUUUAGUGUCUGCUUUUUUUAUUCAUUUAAUUAAUCAUGCGUUUAUUGCUCUUGCGUAAUUGAUUCUUCUUCUUUCUUGUGAUUUACUGUAGAACAGUGUGCCGUGGGCAGGGCGUGUGUAUUAUAAUAACCAUCGAGAAUAUAUUAACAAAUUUUCUGACGUAACGUGAGAGAUAGCUGAAGAAAGAACGAAUAUUUUUCUUAUACUUUCAAGUGAGGAUUUAACGUGAAGAGAAAAUAAAAGUUGUUCAAUACUGUUUUUGCAUGUUCAUGGAGCAGAAUUAUAUAGUUUUUGAAUACAUGAAAUUUGUAGAUAAUACAGUGGUAAAUUCGGAUGGGAAAACGGGAAAACUGUGUUUAACUGGUAUCGAGCAUAUUAGAGUCCCGAAUUUCUAAAAUGUGCACGGAAAAGAGGAAAAAUACUUUAAAACUCCCUCAUUGUGAUGGACCAAGGGCUAAUAAAAUUAGUCAUCCUUUUUUAUAACAACAAGAAAAAUACAAAAAAAAAAUAUAUAUGUGAGGCAAAUCCUGUUUAUUGUUAACGUAUACUGCGUAUACGAUCUUGCAUUGUACUACAAAGAAACUAAUAAAUCACUAAUUAUAAUAUUUAUCUGGAUUGUAAAUACGUUAACAAUAAAGUGUAGCAAAACAUUGUGUGGAGAGAGAUCAGAAAUAGUGAAGAGAAAGCGUUAAUAUACAUACACUGCGUCGAAUUAUAAGAAAAUAGAGAGAAAAAUAAUAAUACGAAUAUUUUGUUAUUAUUCCUAUUGCUACUCGCUUGUUUCACCCAUGACACAGUGUAUAUUUUAUAUUAUAUGUUAUGAUAUCAAUAAUAAAAUUAAUAUUAAUGGA